AUGCAACCCUUCCAGAACUGGACUUCAUUUCUCAAACGCUUAUCAAAGGUCAACGAAGCAAACGAAGAACUUUCGAAAGAGAUUCAAUGGGGAGCGGUAGCACCUCAAGGACAGGGCUGGUGUCCACCACUGGCAAUAACCGAUUCGGAAUUGCGUGCAACGGUCACUUCAUUUGGAGCAGCUGGUAUUGCGCGCUUCUCAUGCACAUCCUCACAUGUUCUGGUCGGAGGCCGGACCAUGCGAUGUCUUCCUCAAGGAGACUGGUCAGGAUCAGUGCCGCACUGUAAACGUAUGUUUCCGCUCGAUUUCUGGUAUUAUGUCGAUUUCAUUAACACGCUGGCUGAUGAGGUGAGGUACCUCUCAUCCCUCCCAGAACCCGUAUAA